UUCUCUCUCUCUCUCUCUCUCUCCCUCUCUCUCUCUCUCUCUCUCUCUCUCUCUCUCUCUCUCUCUCUCUCUCUCUCUCUCUCUCUCUCUCUCUCUCUCUCUCUCUCCCCCAUCCUGGCUUUCGUCAGCACUUUUGCACUAAUUCCUGCUUCAGUGCACCGGGCAUACAGUGCGUGACUUGAUCUGACAUGAAAGCUGAAGAGGGUCUAUUGUAGGUCUGUAUAAUUGUGAACACUCGGUGAGAGAUAAAGCCGAUGCGCUGGAUGGGGUAGGUCAGAGUAGCCUAUAUGUCGUAAUUCGGAAAACAAGUGUAACAGCAUCCUCAGUUGCCUACUCAUAGACAUCAGCCUCGUCGCAUCACUUAGAGGGUUGCUUUUUCUCGCGGCAUCAUUUUGUGAUCCUUUCAAAGAAUUCCUCUGUCGUCUCUUCUAAGAUCUCUCUCUCUCGCUCUUCCUCUCUCCAGUCUCUGGCGGUGGGAGGGAAGCUCACGGGUGCAGUAGGUCACCUAGGCGGUUUAAAGGACUUUGCUUACUGCGGGAGUCGAGUUCGAGCCGGGCAGCAAAGCGGUCUGUGUCGCUUCAUUCGGCAGCAUCGUUUUCGCGGCACUUGGGACCCCUCACAGAACAGAGACGAGACGAACUGACACUGAACAGAGACGCGACGGGUUUGUUCUUCUCACCACAGGAGUCAGGACACCUUAACAUAUCAGCAUGAUCAAUCAAUACAAUUGAUUGGACGAUUUGGGAUUAUUCAAAGAUUAAAAAAAAAUCCAUUCUUGGAUUUCCGAGGAGCGCAUAGCAUAGAGAAACACAGUGGCAACCCCAAACUCGCACUGAGCGCCGAGGGAGGUGUUUGAAGAUGCAGGUGGAUCCGAACUUGGUGUUUUCGCGUGCAUGGUGUGUGUGCCUGCUCGUGGUUGGAAUAUUUCUGGAUACAAGAGUCAACGGAGUGGUCGGCACGCACCAAGGCAUCCCAGUCGCAGUGGUGAAGUUAUGGGCCUCGGCGUUCGGCGGGGAGAUGAAAUCCAUCUCAGCCAAGUACUCCGGAUCUCAGCUGCUGCAGAAGAAAUACAAGGAGUUUGAGCGAGCGGUGCGGGUGGAAGAGAUCAACGGCCUGAGGCUGGUGAAGAGGCUGGCAGACGACAUGGAGGACAUGUUCCGGAAGAAGGCCGAGGCCAUGGAGUCCUCCUCCUCACCGCCUCCUUCCAUCCUCUCUGUCUCGUUGCAGCAUUUCCGGCAGCGUCUUGAUAAGCUGUUUGCUAAAGGGAUCGGCAUGCUGGAUGUGGCGCUCACAGAGGCCUUCAACCUCCUCAAUGAUGUGAACGGGAGAGGCAGUGUGUGUAGCCAGGCCAUCAUGUUGGUGACAGACGGAGCAGUGGACACUUACGACGCCGUCUUCGCCAAGUACAACUGGCCCGACCGCAAGGUCCGUAUAUUCCCCUACCUGAUUGGACGAGAGUCAGCCUUCGCUGAUAAUCUGAAAUGGAUGGCUUGUGCAAAUAAAGGCUACUUCACCCAGAUCUCCACGCUGGCAGACGUUCAGGAGAACGUGAUGGAGUACCUGCACGUGCUCAGUAGGCCCAAAGUGAUCGACCAGGAGCACGAAACGGUGUGGACCGAGGCCUACAUCGACAGCACCCUCCCUCAGGCUCAAAAGAUGGAUGACGGUCACAGUCCAGUCCUGAUGACGACAGUUGCCAUGCCUGUGUUCAGCACCAAGAACGAGACUCGGAACAGAGGGAUCCUGCUUGGGGUGGUAGGAACAGACAUCCCCGUCUCUGAACUCCUCAAGACCAUCCCCAAAUACAAGCUGGGCAUUCACGGCUACGCGUUUGCUAUCACCAACAACGGCUACAUCCUCACACACCCGGACCUCAGGCCUCUGUACGAGGAGAGUAAGAAGCGCAGGAAGCCCAACUACAGCAGCGUGGAUCUGUCCGAGGUGGAGUGGGAGGACAAGGAGGACAUUCUGCGUAACGCCAUGGUGAACCGAAAGACGGGGACUUUCUCUAUGGAGGUGAAGAAGACUGUGGACAAAGGGAAACGUGUGCUGGUGUUACAUAAUGAUUACUACUACACAGACAUCAAGGGGACUCCCUUCAGCCUGGGGGUGGCGCUGACCAGGGGCCACGGCAAGUACUUCUUCAGAGGAAACGUCACUGUGGAGGAAGGACUGCACGACCUGGAACAUCCUGAUGUGGCCCUAGCAGACGAGUGGACCUACUGUGACACGGACGAGCACCCUGAGCAUCGAUACCUGUCCCAGAUAGAAGCCAUCAAACUCUACCUCAGCAGACGAGAGACACACCUGUCCUGUGAUAAAGAGCUGGUUCAGGAGGUUCUGUUUGACGCUGUGGUCACAGCCCCUCUGGAGGCCUACUGGACCAGCCUGGUGCUCAACAAGUCAGAGAACUCUGAUAAAGGGGUGGAGAUCGCCUACCUGGGGACACGCACAGGUCUCUCCAGGAUCAACCUGUUUGUACCCCCAGACCUGCUCACCAAUCAAGACUUCCUGACAGCUGAAGAUAAAGAGGGGGUGUUCAACGCCGAUCACUUCCCCCUGUGGUACAAGAGAGCAGCUGAACAGGUUCCUGGCACCUUCGUGUACUCCCUGCCCUUCAGCACAGGGUCAGAGAAUAAAAGUGUGGUGUUGGCCAGCACUGCCAUUCAGCUGCUGGAUGAGAGGAAGUCACCUAUUGCUGCUGGCGAUGGCGUUCUCCAGCGGCUCCUUGUCGUCCGUGGUGGCAGCCUUGGUCCCCUGCCCGGCCUGAGCCUCCGCCUCCGCCUCCUUGUUCUUCUUCAGCUCCCGCUGGUACUUGGCCAUGAUGGCGGCGUAGGCACAGCCGUACACGGCGGCGGCCACCAUCAUCAGGAACACGAUGCCGCACACCACGCCCGUGAUCACCACGGUGGCGAUGGCGUAGCGCAGGUUCACCGGGCGCGGACGCUGCUUGGGCUCGCACUCCGGCAGGCCGCCCCCGCCGCCCCCGCCGCCGUGGCCCUCGGCUCCCCCCAGGGGGCUGUGCAUGCCCGGGCUGAGGUGGGCGUGGCCCCGCAGGGAGCGCUCGGCCUCCAGGUGGUGGAUGUUGGCGAACAGGUAGUUGUAGCUGGUGGUCAUGCAGGUCCUACCUCUGGUCUAAGCCCCCAGUACGUCCUGCGACCGGCCCCAGGUCCUACCUCUGGUCUAAGCCCCCAGUACGUCCUGCGACCGGCCCCAGGUCCUACCUCUGGUCUAAGCCCCCAGUACGUCCUGCGACCGGCCCCAGGUCCUACCUCUGGUCUAAGCCCCCAGUACGUCCUGCGACCGGCCCCAGGUCCUACCUCUGAACAGGAAGGUCUCCAGCCACAGCUUGAGCCCUAUGAGGUGGCAGUCACACCUCCAGGGGUUCCCCCGCAGGCUCAGCCCAUCCAGGCGACCCAGCCCUUCCAGCAGGGAGCGGUCCAUGCGCUGCAGCCGUCUGCUGCAGCUCAGAGACUGGGCCGGACCAUGUUAGUGCCGUGUGAUACAGAGUACCCUGCCUUUGUCUCAGAAAGAACCAUCAAAGAGACCACAGGAAACAUCGACUGUGAGGACUGCAUCAAAUCCUUUGUGAUCCAGCAGAUCCCCAGCAGUAACCUCUUCAUGGUGGUGGUGGACAACAAGUGUGACUGCGAGUCGGCCGAGCCAAUCACCAUGGACCCCAUUGAGAUCAUGUAUAUCGAGUCUCUGAAGUGUGAGAGGUUAAAGUAUCAGAAGGACCGCCGACGCCCAGAUACCUGCCACCCCUUCCACCCUGAGGAGAACUCUAUGGAGUGUGGAGGUGCCCUGGGCCUCAGCCCGUCGCUCACGGCAACACUGCUCUGUGUGUCCCUGGCACUGUUUCACAGGUGACCAGAACUGGCCACGCCUCCCAACCCAGAGCUUAGCUUGGAUUGGUUCGGCUCGGCAUGCAAGUGAACCCCAUUUACGCCAACGAUGAAUACCCCCCCCCCACCCUCCCCCUUUACAGUUCAGAUCAGACCCAGCACCUGGUCCCUAGACAUACCUGCUCCCUAACGCCCUAUCGAAGGGGCCACAAUCUAGAAACACAAGGGUUGAAUGAGCCGAAGUCACUUGUAACUGAUGGAGUUUGUUAGGGAUAGCAGAGUCAUUUGCCAAGAAACAAGAACAAAAAAAGACUUUUUUAAUGAAUGUUUGUCCUAAAAAUGUGAUAUUUAUUAGUUCCACCCUGCCCUUCUCUGGUUCAUGUGGUGUAUUAUCCCCAUAUUAAUGUUGGAACCAAGUCCUCUCCUGUCAGCUCUGGCAGUGUCUAGGGGCUAGGCGCUAGGGUUAGGUUUGGAACUGGGUCAUACAAACACCUGGUCAGAAACACCGCAAAGGAGAGAGAGAGCUGGAGAGAAAGAGAGAUGCACACUUUCCACUAAAGAAGUCUGUCUACUCAUGGGCAUUUAUCAUGAAUACAAAAUAAGAAAAGAUGAUCAUAUGUAGUGGCUGGUGAUGUUUGUCGACAAUGAUUUUUUGAAAACUACUGAUGAGAAGAAAACAUAAAAGAUUGAUAAAUGAAAUGUUCUAUAUAUUAAAACAGAAAGUAUUAUUUAUAAUUUGCAAGUGGUACCCAUAAACUGUGACAAUGAGACUGAGUCGUCUAACAUGAGUGGUUAUAAAUAUUUGAGCUUUUUGCCUUAUUGAACGAUAUUGGUCCUGUUUAUGUACUUUUGAAAUAAAAACCUUGUGAA